AUGUCACCAAAGACGUUGGAAAUGCCGAGACAGAUUAGCGAAGAGUUCUUAGGGUUAGACACACCAACACAAAUUUACCCGAGACAGACAAAGAAAUACGUUGAACAAGAUCACCCUUUCCCUUAUCCGGUGAAUCAGAUGUUACAGUCUUUAGAGCACCCUCUCUCUUAUCUGGUAAUUCAGAUGUUACAGUCUUCAGAAAACUUAUUGUCUUAUCUGUGUGAUUAUCAUUACGACUAUUUCUUGUUUAUCGUGCAGGUUGUUCUUGUCACAUUAGUUUUUAUUUUAAAACAAGAGACAUUAUUUCUCAAACGCAUUGAAGGUGUGGAAGACCAAAAUGGGUUGUCUGCGAUACAAGAAGACUUCCACACGUACCAAACAUGGUGUCAGACGUAUUUUAUGAAAUGUCCUUACUGGGAUCGACCUCAUCUGAUGCUCGACGUGCACUUCAACACCCAUUCCACUAUCUUCUACCCAGCCAACGAAAGAAUGUGUCAGCACAGGAAAAUUGGAGAGAGAGACAAAGUCACGCUUGAACAGAGAAACUCCAACGGUGUGGACCAAACAUUCUAAAGCUAAAAUCUGCAUAGAAACAACCUACAUGGACGUUUCAAAAUGUUCUAUGUUACUAAAGAUGGUGAAAAAGUACGUGAUAUACUUGAAUAUCACACAUUCACACUUUUUUGUUAUUAAUACUUUCUUCGGUGAAAUAAAAUAUUUCCGAACUUUUAUAGCUUAA